UAAUGCGCAUUGUGGAAAACACAGUACGACUUCUUUGUCUGUUACACCGGAAAACCCGGCGUUGAUUUUGUGCUGCACCGAGCCGUCUUCCGGUCUCUGUCGUGUCGGGCUUAGGAGGGAGAUGACGAAGGGAACAUCGUCGUUCGGAAAGCGUCGCAACAAGACGCACACACUGUGUCGUCGCUGUGGCUCCAAGGCUUACCACCUUCAAAAGUGUACCUGUGGAAAGUGUGGAUACCCCGCAAAACGCAAGAGAAAGUACAACUGGAGCGUGAAGGCCAUGAGGCGCAGCACCACUGGAACAGGUCGCAUGAGGCAUCUGAAGGUUGUGUACCGCAGAUUCAGAAACGGAUUCCGAGAAGGAACAGCCCCCAAGCCCAAAAGAGCAGCGGUGGCGGCCUCUGGCUCAUCAUAGACACUUUGUUUAAAAUAAAUGUGCUGUUAAAUUA